CUCAAUAUGCAAUCAGCAAAACAAAAAGCCGCCGACGCCGCUGCCGUCGCUAAGGAGCACGUCGAAAUUCUCAGAGCCAAAGCACAAGAAAAGGCGGAGAAAGCGGCGGCGCCGACCAAGGAAGGGAGAGAGAUUGCUCAUGAGAGGAGGAAGGUGAAGGAAGCCGAAGCGAAGAUGAAGAUGCACACUGCCAAAGCCGACCACGCUGCUGACAAGCUUCAAGCAGCGCAGCAUGGAGGGCUUUGUGGUAUUGGGUGCAACCAUCCCCAUCGCGGAUAUCAGGAGCCAUAUGUUGGCUCUGCCUACCCGCCAACUGUGGCUCCUGCCUAUCCGCCUGGUGGCUAUCCACCAGGCUGGAUUCCCCCAAAGUGAUGUAGCUAAUUCGUAAUUUUCGCGUGUUUUUUGAGUUUAAUGAUCACACCUUUCUAGUUUACACUUUAAUUUGAAGGUUCAUGGAUCUUGUACUUUCUUUCA